CGUCCUUGUUGCUUCUGCCUUUUAGCUUACGACUUCCUUGUUUUUUUUCCUCCUAGAAUGUCGCACGCAACUUACACCUUGUAUUCAUGGCUGUGGGAUGGUAACAACCAGAAGGUUGGACUGCUUGGAGCAGUUUUCCCAUUUCUGAUUGCCACGUUGGUAAUUUCACUCUGGCAACUCUGGACUCUUAGGAAGUCAAGGAAGCCAAUCGCUCCGUUGCCGCCUGGCCCCCGUGGCUUGCCAUUAGUGGGAUAUCUUCCGUUUCUUGGAACCGAUUUACACAUGGUCUUUACAGAAUUGGCGGGAAUAUACGGCCCCAUCUUCAAACUUUGGCUUGGAAACAAAUUAUUCGUGGUAAUUAGCUCACCAUUGCUAGCAAAAGAAGUGGUUCGCGUCCAGGAUAAAACAUUUUCUGAGCGGGAUCCUCCCAUCGCUGCGCAGGUUAUUACGUAUGGCUGCAAUGAUAUUGCAUUUGACUCUUACAGCAGUCCCAGCUGGAAAAUGAAGCGCAGAGUUCUUGCAAGCGAGAUGCUUAGCAAUGCUAGCCUUAAUGCAUGCUACGAUCUACGAAGAGAACAAGUGAUGAAUACCAUUGGGGAUGUGUAUAAAAACGUUGGCAAGCCAAUUGAUAUUGGUGAAUUGUCAUUUUUAACUGCAAACAAUGCGGUCAUGGGCAUGUUGUGGGGAGGCAAACUCCGAGGAGAGAAAAGGGCUAUCAUUGAGGGUCGGUUCAAAGGGAUUUCUACAGAAUUAAUGGUGCUAAUGGGAAAACCAAACCUUUCUGAUUUUUUUCCUGUGCUUGCACGAUUUGACAUACAAGGUAUAGAAAGGAGAAUGAAGAAAAUCUCUCAUUUGUUGGAUCAAGUUUUGGAAUCUGUAAUUGAACUAAGAAUGAACAUGGCCACCAAGAAGGACAAAAAUGAUGGAAAUAGUGAACAAAAAGACUUCUUGCAGUUUCUUUUGGAACUCAAGGAGAAUGAAGAUAGCGCAUCAUCUAUUACAAUGAAUCAACUCAAGGGCAUGCUGUUGAACAUUUUGGGGGGUGGAACGGAUACUACAUCAACUAUGAUGGAGUGGACAAUGGCACAGCUAAUACAACAUCCAGAAGUAAUGGCAAAAGUGAAGAAAGAAUUAGCUGAUGUUGUUGGGCUAAGUAGCACCGUUGAAGAGGAUCACUUGCCUAAUUUACUGUACCUACAUGCGGUGAUAAAGGAGACCUUCCGAUUGCACCCCCCUCUGCCGCUCCUUGUGCCCCGUUGUCCUGGCGUAUCAAGCACUGUUGGUGGCUAUUCCAUACCAAAGGGUAGCAGGGUCUUUUUAAAUAUCUGGUCCAUUCAUAGGGACCCCAAUAUAUGGGAUAAUCCUUCAGAAUUUCAACCUGAAAGGUUCUUGAAUGAUCCUAACAAGUUUGACUACAAUGGGAAUGAUUUCCGGUACAUGCCAUUUGGCUCUGGAAGGAGAAGGUGUCCAGGACUUCCUCUUGGGGAGAAGAUGCUAUAUUUCAUGCUGGCCUCAUUGCUGCAUUCUUUUGAGUGGAAAUUGCCCCAGGGCACAGAGCAUGACCUGUCCAGCAUAUUUGGAAUUGUUAUGAAGAAAAAGAAGCCUUUAUUUCUUAUUCCAACACCAAGCUUACCUAAUCUUGAGCUAUACAUAAAGUAAUUGCUACAAUGUAGUCGUACUAAGCUAUUAUUGUAUCUCUUUCAUACUAUUAGAUUACUUUUU